CUUCUACAUUCAAUAUUCGCUCACAGCUUUCCAAGGUGACAACAAGGCUUUACACCUUUGUCAGGUUAAGUUUUGUGUCAGUGGAAAACAUUUAAAAUGAACAUUGCAGCCCGCCCCCAGACAGAGUGGAAAACUGGUCUCUUUGACUGUUGUGAGGACGUAAGCUCAUGCUGCUAUGGUUUCUUCUGCUGUCCUUGCCUCGCCUGCACGGUUUCAAACAACUUUGGAGAGAGCCGUUGUCUCCCGUUAUGUGACAUCUGCAGUCCAGCCAUAACAUCAGCUGUUGGGUUACCUCUGUGUGUGCCUCCUGCUGCCCUGUCUCUGAGGGUCGGCAUAAGACAAGCAUAUGGUAUCAAGGGAAGUGUCUGUAAAGACAUCAUUACCUCCUGUGUCUGUGUGUGGUGUACCUGGUGCCAGAUGCAUCGUGAGCUGAAAUACCGUAAAAACAACCAGACUGUCAUCGUCAACGCGCAGCCUCAACCAGUGAUGAUGGCUCCUGGAAACCCUCCCCCUGCUGGUUUCAUGGGUCAGCCUGGAAUGGUCAUGAAUUCAUAUUGAGCUUUGUGACCUUCUUUGGUCUGUUCUGACCUGUGAAGGAAUUACAAAGAUGUUGAUUGCCUUGGAAUCAGGACAGGCUGGUUCUUUAAAGCUAUUCUCAUGACAGUAGGGUCACGUGAUUAGCUACUUCCCCUUUCUUUAACAACAAUAAUAAUCAAGACAAUAAAUUAUUUCGUACAUCAUGUUUAUGUCAAUCCAAUGGGCUAGUAAUCCUGGAGUGAAACUUGUUGUAGUUGGAUUUUACACGCCUUCAUAGUUUUUAUUAUACAAAUACUUGUUGUUGCCUGUGUGUGGGUGAGGGUUAAAUCAAUAAACACUGCAUUGGAUAUAAAAAUCUGCUUCU